UUGUAGCCCACCACCAGCGGGAGUAGCUUUCAAAUGAAAUGAAAACCGAAGAAGCUGCAGAAGAGAGAGCGUCGUCCUCCAAAGACCAUUUCCAUGGCCUCCUCCUCCUCUAUCAUCUCUCCUCCAAAACCCUAGAAAAAUUCAGAAUCUCUCGCAUUGAGAGAGAAAGAGAGAUGACGUCUAGUGCGGCGCGAAUGACUCUGCAGUCCGCUGCAGAGAAGGCAAUCUCUGCCGUUGGAUUGGGUUACGAUCUAUCCACGUCCGACAUCCGGCUCUCUUAUUGCAAGCCGGGCCCGUCCGGAUUGCGCUUGAUCGAGCUCGACAACACCCUGCCCGCUCGCGACCUCGUCUUCCCGGGCGGGAUCGUGAUCCCAAACGUGCCGAAGUUGAUCAAAUGCGAUAAGGGAGAGAGGACGAGGUUCAGUUCCGACGUCAUUUCCUUUCACCAGAUGUCUGAGCAAUUCAAUCAGGAACUCGGUUUGUCUGGUAAAAUUCCAUGUGGUCUAUUCAAUACCAUGUUCGCUUUCUCAGGCUGCUGGCAGAAGGAUAUAGCUGCAACCAAAAGUCUUGCUUUUGAUGGUUGGUUCAUAACACUCUACAAUAUUGAGCUAGCAAGAUCCCAUAUAGUAUUGCAUGAGCAUGUGAAGCGAGAAGUUCCCUCUUCAUGGGACCCUGCUGCCCUGGCUGGGUUCAUUAGAAAAUAUGGUACUCAUGUUAUUGUUGGUGUAAAGAUGGGGGGUAAAGAUGUGAUUCAUAUUAAGCAGCAACAAAACUCACUUCUUCAGCAGACUGAGGUUCAGAAAGUUCUGAAGAAGUUAGCUGAUGAGAAAUUCUCCGAAGAUGUUAAUGGAAGCUUCAUCCUGGACUCCAACGAACCAACAAGAAAGCAAAAGGACAAACAGUUAGCUGGCUGGGAACACUAUCCAGCAAUGGCAAAUUCUAUUAGGCCCAUAGUGUCACAUUCAAAGAAGGAUGAUUUAGUAAUCAUUCGUGCUAGAAGGGGAGGUAUUGAUAAUGGUCAAAGUCAUAGCCAGUGGUUAUCUACAAUUUCACAGGCCCCUGAUGUGAUAUCCAUGUCUUUUGUGCCUAUAAUUUCUCUCUUGAAUGGUGUUCGAGGUAGUGGGUUCCUAAGCCAUGCAAUGAAUCUGUACCUUCGCUACAAGCCACCGAUAGAUGAGCUUCAUCAAUUUUUAGAGUUCCAACUACCUAGGCAAUGGGCUCCAGUUUAUGGUGAGCUCCCUCUUGGGCCACAACGCAAGAAGAAUGCCUCGCCUUCACUUCAGUUCUCUCUCAUGGGUCCCAAGCUUUAUGUUAACACAUCCCAUGUUGAUGCCGGGAAUCGGCCUGUGACUGGAAUCCGUCUGUACUUGGAAGGUAAGAAGAGCGAUCACCUGUCAGUCCAUCUUCAGCACCUUUCGACACUCCCGGGGAUCCUCCAACUUUCCGAUGACUCCAGCUGUGAGCCUGAGGAUGAUAGCUUCCUACAAGAACGAGGCUACUUCGAACCUCUCAGGUGGAGUCUAUUCUCCCAUGUGUGCACGGCCCCAGUCCAAUAUAGUGGGGCCUGCAUUGAUGAAUCUGCCUCCAUUGUUACCAAGGCCUGGUUUGAGGUGAAGGAGGUCAGAAUGAAGAAAGUUCUGUUCUUGAGGCUUGGUUUCUCUAUGGUGGCGUCUGCAAAGAUCCGCAGGUCGGAGUGGGAUGGUCCCCCCCACCUGUCUCGGAAAUCAGGAGUCUUCUCAACACUUAUCAGCACACGAUUCAGCACAGGCCAGAUCCCUGAUACAAAGCCGGGCAAGGUGGAGCUGAAUUCUGCUGUGUUCCCAGGUGGACCGCCUGUCCCCGCCAGUGUACUGAAGAUGUCAAGGUUUGUGGACACAAAGGAGAUGGUGAGGGGGCCAGAGGAACCCCCGGGCUAUUGGGUGGUGACUGGAGCCAAGCUCUGCGUGGAGGCGGGAAAGAUCGCAUUGAAAGUGAAGUACUCGUUGUUGACUAUAAUGUCCGAUGAGGACGACGACUCCAUAUGAUGGUGUUUGCUGUUUCCACAAGCAAUCCGGAUUUGGAGAAAAUAUGUUUUUUCACUUUGAAUUUGUUUGUAAAUAAUAUUGUACAUUUAUCAGCUUCAAUCUGAGGCAUUUUUCUGCAUAGCCCAUUUAUGUUUUGACCGCA